UAUUAAUCGGCCUCCGUUUGGCUUCUUUCUUUUGCCUCUCAAAGCUAGCGCGCCAUCUUGCAGGUUUCCUUGGCCUCCUUCCCGGCCGGCUCCCGAUCGACCCCCGGCAGCUUGCGUGGGCGCGUGCCGGCUGACGGGGCCGAUGGAGUUCAACUCGUCCUACUUCCACGCGUUCGGCAACCCCGACUUCGCGGCCGUCUUCUCCGGCGGCAGCGCGCAGGCCCUCCGGCCGUCCCCCGGCGACGGGGCCGGAGCCGGAGCAGCCGCGAAGGCGGAGAAGGGAGCGGCGAGGCAGAGCCCCACAAACUCGCCCGUGGCGUCGUUUGUCCCGGACGAGGAUCAGCUGGGUGGGGAGGCGCAGCACUUCCUCAACGAGUGCUCCCGCUGUCGCAGGUCGCUCACCGGCGACAUCUUCAUGUACAGAGGGGACACGCCAUUCUGCAGCGAGGAGUGCAGGAGGAGGCAUAUCGAGACGGAAAAGACGAGGCACCGGAGGAAGAAGCAAAACUCCCCCAAGGCGCUGGCGCAGGCGCUGGCGCAGAGGGAGAACGCGCCCCAGCUGCGGCGACCGCAGCCACGGUAGAUCGAGCUGCAGGGCCUCGCCGUUUUCACGCUUUGGACCAGCACGCCUGCUGCAGGAGAGCGUGAGCUUCUCUACCUACGGACAGAGGAAGAGCACAUAUCCUAGUUGUUACAUACACGAUGGGAGAUCGGGAGUGGUAUACUGCCACGUCGUACUACUAUAUACAUGUCGAAGGGUCGAUCUAUCCCUGCGAUGAACCACGAGUCGGUAUUGUUCAUUCCCACUUUUUGUAAUCUCUAGGGAAAACUGCUCCUCUUUUUGUUUGCUUCCUGAUUGAGAUCACGUUCAUUUUGAACAGCAUAUGAGCCUUUUUUCUUUC